GAAUUCUGCUAGCAACACAAACAUGCUACGAGCAACUUCUCGCCGCGCGACAUUGGUCGCUCGAUGCUUCAGCACGGCCCAGCAGGCCACCGCUGCGGCGUCUAUUACCCAGCAACAAGAUCCGAGCCAUAUCAUCUUGUCGCAUGCAAUCGACCACGUAAAGACCAAGGGAUGGAGCGUGGACUCCCUGGGCAGCGGGGCCCGCGAUGCCGGGUAUCCGUCAGUGGCCCACGGAAUGUUUCCUCGUGGCCCCAUCGAGUUGGUGGAAUACUUCAUGGACGACCUUCAGCACAAGGUCCAAGACAAACUGGCCGCGGAAACCAUCGACUUGCCUGUGACGGACCGCCUCAAGCGCGGCAUUCGAUUCCGUUUGGAGCUCCUGGCGCCGUACAUCAGCGUGUGGCCACAAGCGAUGGCCCUCGGCGCGCUGCCCCAAAAUGCACCCACGACGGUGAAAAAGCUGGCGGAAAUGGUAGACGACAUUUGGGUCUACGCCGGCGACCGCUCCACCGACGUGUCGUGGUACACGAAGCGCGCGGUGCUCACGGGAGUGUACACAGCCACUGAAUUGUUCAUGCUGACCGAUCAGUCGCCAAACCACGAGGACACGUGGCGCUUUCUGGAUCGCCGCAUUGAAGAAGCGAUUGCUUUGGGCGACAUCCCCAACAACGCGCACGAUGUGGCGGGUAUGUUGAGCAUUGGCAUCCAGUCGUUGCUGUCCACAGCCGCGGCUCUGGCGGGACCGCUGACCACCCAAGUGGUGCAGCAAGUGGGACAGCAUGUGCCCAACCCCCUCACGGCGUUCCCGUCCACGGCCUUCCCCUUCCAAACACCGUCCUCGUCGACGCCUGUGGCCCCGACGGCAGCCCCUGUGGACACCCCCGCUUCUACCAGUGAAACCCCGACUUCGGCUCCCUUGGACACGACGCCCCCAAAGCCCUCCCAGUUGUAACACGUUUUAACAUGUACUACACGUUGUGUGUCGCCUU